ACAUUGACAUUAGUCAAACAAUCGAAAAACGAAAACGAAACGAAAACGAAAUUUGAUUUAUUUGUGUCUGGCUCUUGUGAUUUAGAUUUAUAUUUUCAAAGCAAAGCAUUUCAUUUAAUAUUCAUACCAUAACUGUGCAUUUAAUAUCAAACUAUUCAGUGCAUCAAAAUGGGGGACAAAUCUACACCAUUACUAGCCGUUCUACAACUACUAAGGAAAUAUAAUUUGAAGGGCACUGAGGAUAUCUUGAGGAAAGAAGCGAAUUUAGGCGAUGUCGAGUACGAAAAUCUAGAUUUGCCCGAGGUUGAACUCGCAAAUAUUCUUACUGCUCAUCAUACCGAAAGUGACCCUUAUAGCUACGAGUUCGCUUAUGACAGCCUCAAAAAAUUCGUGGAGAAUUCUUUAGACGUAUAUAAGUAUGAGUUGUCUACUCUGCUUUAUCCAGUGUUUGUUCACAUGUAUCUAAUACUAAUUUUGUAUGAUCACAAUGAGCAUGCAAUAAAGAUUUUAGAAAAAUUUGGACCAGAACAAGAUGAGUACUAUCAAGAUGACUUGAAACGGUUAUGUGCUGUUAAAAAUAAAGAUCAAGUUAAGGGCAAUGAACUUGCCGAAAUAUACAGUUCCAACAAAUUUCAAGUUCAGCUUUCAAGAGAUGCUUCUACCCAAUUAAAAAGAUACCUGCAUGAACAGAAAAGUUCACCAAUCAUUAUAAAUAUAAUUAAAAAUCAUAUACAAAUUGAUGUGUGCGACGGACCUGGUAGAAGUCAUGCCCAAGUGAAGUCAACUCUAGGGGGACUUCUAGGAGAAGCGUCUCGCAAUGAGAACCGUACCAAAGUUUAUUAUGGACUUUUGAAAGAGCCUGAUUUACAAAUUUUACCUGCACAAAUAGAAGAUGAAGAAGAAGCUGAAGAAACUCCAGACAAACCCAAAAAGAAGAAGGCAAAGAAAGAUAACAUUUUUAUGAAGAAGCCAAAAUCAGACCCAAAUGCACCUCCAAAUGACAGAAUCCCUCUACCUGAUCUGAAGGAGAAUGACAAAGUAGAAAAAGGCAAAGCGUUAAGAGAGGCAGCGAAACGUGUACAACUGGGUCCAGAGUGUUUGCCCUCCAUCUGCUUCUACACUCUCUUGAACAGCGGCCACACCGCGAUAUGCGCCGACAUCUGUGACGACUCCACACUGUUAGCUGUGGGCUUCAACAACUCUACCAUUAAGGUAUGGACUUUGACAACUGUAAGACUGCGAGGCAUGAAGUCUGCUGACAAAUUGCAGGAUAUUGACAGAGAAGCUGGUGAUGUCCUUGUGAGAAUGAUGGAAGAGAAAGACAGAGAAACAUGCCGCACCCUGUUUGGACACUCGGGCCCCGUCUAUAAGGUGUCAUUUGACCCUUUCAAGACCAUGCUGUUAUCUUGCUCAGAGGAUUCCACCAUCCGGCUGUGGUCGCUCCAGUGCUGGACUUGCAUAGUGGUAUACCGCGGACACGUGUGGCCGGUUUGGGACACGCGCUGGUCGCCACACGGCCACUACUUCGCGUCGGGCGGCCACGACCGCAUCGCGCGCCUGUGGGCCACCGACCACCACCAGCCGCUGCGCAUCUUCGCAGGACAUCUCUCAGACAUCGAUUGCAUUCAAUUUCAUCCUAAUUCGAACUACAUCGCCACGGGUUCCAGCGACCGCACCGUUCGCCUGUGGGACUGUUUGACUGGCACCCAAGUUCGAAUCAUGACUGGCCACAGGUCGACACCUUUUACUCUUGCAUUCUCUGCGUGCGGACGGUGGCUGGCAUCGGGCGGCGGCGCCGGGGAAAUACAAAUAUGGGACCUGUCCAGCGGACUGCCGAGCGCUGCGAUACCGCCCGCCAGCAACUCGCCAAUACACGCCUUAGCUUUCAGUCGAGACGGCACCAUCUUAGCAUCAGGUUCAUUGGAUUCCACAAUAAAACUGUGGGAUUUUGCCAUUAUUUCUGAUGAAAAUAUAAAUGAAGAGAAUGGAAAUGCUGCACCUACUCAAAAGGAAGAUAAAUUUUUGCUACGCUCUUAUGCUACAAAGAAUUCACCCAUAAAAAGUUUACAUUUUACACGGCGCAAUCUUCUGUUAGCCGUGGGAUCAUAUGAUGGGAGUGUAUGAAACUUCAUUAGGUAAUAUAGGUAACAUUAUUAAUAUUAUAAUUAAAUAAACGACAUUUUAUUUCUAAUAA